AAGGCUGGGGAAGUUGAGGUUUCAUAUCUGUCAGCACCCUUGACUGCAAGCAUAGGGAACCGUUGGCACUCCAGCUUCCAGAAGCCCCAGCUAGCAAUCACAGGGGAUGAUGGGGUUUGUAGUCAAGCCGUGUCUGGAUAGCUAAAUGCUCAUCCCCCGCCCCUGUUUUAUUUUCUUCCAUCGCAGGAGAAUGGGCUGUUUUGAAUUCUCAUUGGUCAGUCUUGAUCGUUAAGAUUUUUUAAAGUAGGUGUUCUUGCCUGUCUCUGCUGGUGCUUUGGAAAUUAGUUCUGGACGGUGACCUGAAUAUUAGAAGCAAAUGGGCUCCUGACCCUCCACCCCAUGCCAUGCUGGGCUUCAGAUGUUUCCAUUUCAACUGGAGGUGAGCUCAGGACCGGAUCGCGUAUGGCUUUGCUGGCCAGGAUGACCAAAGCCAGACUCUUCCGCCUGUCGGUCGUGGUGGGUUCCCUCUUCAUGAUCCUGUUGAUCAUUGUGUAUUGGGACAACGUCGGGACCGCACACUUCUACCUCCACACGACCCUCUCCAGGCCUCGCGGGGCGCUCCCUACCGUCACGAAGGAGGGCGGCCAAGGCUUCUUAUCUGACGUGGACGAUUUCGUGGAAAAGCUCCUCAGCUCUCGGCACGGCCUCGAUCUUGCUCGGAAAACGGAGCCGCCGCCACCUCUGCGCGCUUCGAGCAGGCCCCUCUCCCACAACCUGGAGGAGAACGUCAGAGGCUACGACUGGUCCACUCGCGACACCGGCGCCGUCCUGGACCAAGAGACGCUGCAGGCGGAAAGGCGGAGGACGCUGAGGGAAUUCUGCGCCAGUUCCAACUUCACCUUCCCGACCAAGGAGCGGUCGUUCGAUGACAUCCCCAACUACGAGUUGAACCACCUCAUUGUGGACGACCGCCACGGCAUCAUCUACUGCUACGUCCCCAAAGUGGCCUGCACCAAUUGGAAGAGGGUGAUGAUUGUGCUGAGCGAGAGCCUGAUGGACCAGGGAGUCCCUUACGCCGACCCUAUGGCCAUACCCCGGGAGCACGUCCACAACACGAGCACUCACUUCACCUUUAACAAGUUCUGGCGUCGCUACGGCAAGUUCUCCCGCCACCUCAUGAAGAUCAAGUUGAAAAAAUACACCAAGUUCCUCUUCGUCCGCGACCCCUUCGUCCGGCUCAUCUCGGCCUUCCGCAGCAAAUUCGAGCUGGAGAACGAGGAGUUCUACCGACGGUUCGCCGUCCCGAUGCUGAAACUGUACUCCAACUAUUCCAGCAUCCCGACCUCGGUGAGCGAGGCCUUCGAGGUGGGCCUCCGGGUCUCCUUUUCGGAUUUCAUCCAGUACCUGCUGGACCCCCGGACGGAGAAGCUGGCCCCCUUCAACGAGCACUGGAGGCAGGUGUACCGCCUGUGCCAUCCGUGCCAAAUUGAGUACGACUUUGUCGGCAAGCUGGAGAGCCUGGACGAGGACGCCGCUCACCUGCUCCAGCUUCUCAAGGUGGACCACCUCCUGCGCUUCCCUCCCAGCUACCGAAACAGGACAGCCAGCAGCUGGGAGGAGGACUGGUUUGCCAAAAUCCCCGUGGCCUGGCGGCGGCAGCUAUACAAGCUGUACGAGGCGGAUUUUGUCCUUUUCGGUUACCCUAAGCCAGAACACUUACUUAAAAACUAAGCGAGGCAGAGCUGGAAGAGGGGGCGGGAGGGAGGAAGAAACCAUUCCAAAAAUACCCAAAGAACCCUCUUGGCUGGGUUUUUUUUUUCCCUUCCAAGGAUAUAAAAGUAUUCCUCUGGUGGGAUAUUCAAGUGGACCUUGUUUUCUACGGCAUUUUACACGCGGUUGCUUGGGUUUUCCCCUCUUCUCCUCAGGUUAUUUCAUUACAUUUGAAUGCGUACCUUCUUUAAUUUGCCGUUAGUCUGUGGUCCGAUCUCCCGGCUCUGUUCUGUUGGAUGUUUUUUUAAAAAUUAGUUUGGUUUUUUUUUUAAUUAAAAAAAAAGAGAGAGAAAGAAAGAAAAGAAAGAGGAAUUAAUAUAUUAAAAUAUUUAAUACGAAUUCUGUUGUGGAAAAGGAACAGUAAAAAAAAAAGAGUUCACAGCAA